CACCGGGCGGCGCGAGCGCGGCCUCGUGACCUGCGGCCACGUGAUCUGCUAGGGGCGUUGAAGAGCCGGCACUGUCGCUGCAGCCACUGCGGAAGGUGUCCUAGACAAGAUGAAGCUCAUCAUCCUGGAGAACUAUUCUCAGGCCAGCGAGUGGGCAGCCAAAUACAUAAGGAAUCGCAUCAUCCAGUUUCACCCAGGGCCAGACAAAUACUUCACCCUGGGGCUUCCCACAGGGAGCACCCCACUUGGCUGCUACAAGAAGCUUAUUGAAUACUACAAGAAUGGGGACCUCUCCUUCAAAUACGUGAAGACUUUCAACAUGGACGAAUACGUGGGCCUUCCUAGAGAACAUCCGGAGAGUUAUCACUCCUUCAUGUGGAAGAACUUCUUCAAGCACGUUGACAUCGACCCAGAAAACACCCACAUUCUGGACGGCAAUGCAGCCGACCUGCAGGCCGAGUGUGACGCCUUUGAGGAGAAGAUCAAGGCUGCAGGCGGGAUUGAGCUGUUUGUUGGCGGCAUCGGCCCCGAUGGACACAUCGCCUUCAACGAGCCAGGCUCCAGUCUGGUGUCCAGAACCCGUGUGAAGACACUGGCCAUGGACACCAUCCUGGCCAACGCUAGGUUCUUUCAUGGAGAUCUUGCCAAGGUGCCCACCAUGGCCCUGACAGUGGGCGUGGGCACUGUCAUGGAUGCUAGAGAGGUGAUGAUCCUCAUCACGGGUGCUCACAAGGCAUUCGCAUUGUAUAAGGCCAUCGAGGAGGGCGUGAACCAUAUGUGGACCGUGUCUGCCUUCCAGCAGCAUCCCUGUGCAGUGUUUGUGUGCGAUGAGGACGCCACUCUGGAGCUGAAAGUGAAGACCGUCAAAUAUUUCAAAGGUUUAAUGCUUGUUCAUAGCAAGUUGGUGGACCCCUUGUACAGUAUAAAAGAGAGAGAAGCAGAGAAAAGCCAGUCUUCCAAGAAACCAUACAGUGAUUAGCCUGUGUUGGCAACUAGUGUCAAGUACCUCAUUGGGCUGGGUGGGUCUUUCUAGAAAUGGUCUUUAGGAGAACAGAAUUGUAUUUCUUUUAUCUAGUACAGUUACUCCAGAUAAGUGGGUGAACAUUUAUUGUUCUUUGCUAUGAGGCUUGGAGCCUCAUCAUGAAGUUUAGUCACAGGGAGAAUGACUUGAUUAAAACUUAUGGUUAAUCAGAAGGAAAAUCUCUGGGAAAUGUAUUCCACCAUCUUGAUAUCCACAACAUCUAGAUCAGGGGCUUGUAAAUUUCUGUUCUGCCUCUGACAAUGUUUACAUGUACAACACACUCCUGUCAGGAACCUCUGUCAUUACAUGUACUGACUGUCCAUUGGGACGGAAUUAGCACUUGUGUAUAUUGAACAGAACCUCUUUGGAGAGUCUUGAGAGCCUGUCUUGUGCAGGUCUGCCCCCUUAUUUGAGAAUCACUAUCCUAGCUUAAGACACAAACUCUCUCAUUGUCUAAAGUCAGUGGUCAGUGACAAGUGUCAUGGAAAGAAAAGUCUCUCUUCCUCUUCCAACCCCAGUUGUUUUUUCUGCUCUCACAGCUGACCUUUCUGUGAACUUGGAGGACUCCCUGGGGGAGGAUUUAGUAGAGAAGGCCUUUGCAGAUAAACCCAGGUCCCCAGUGGGUCCAAACACGUCAAACUCCUCUCCCUCAGGGUCCUUCUGGCACCAGGAGGAAGAAGGUGGAAACCCUUUUCCCAUCAGAGCCAUGUGUUUUUGUUAAAAGGUCUCACUGUGGCUCCUCUCUUACUCUACACGCAGUAAAAGGUAGGAGGUCCCUGGGGCAGCAGACACUGCCACCAUUUCAGUGUUAGUGUUCAGCCAAGGUGAUGCGGGCCAAGGCAAGCAGCUGGUAUGAGUUUAGUCCUAAAACAUGAGUGCCAUGCUUCCUGCUUCCAUGAGAGGUGAGUGCCAAGACAACAAAGUAAGUGCUUCUAAAGCUGCAUAGUAUCUUUUCCUCCACUUAAAAUACACUGCCCUUCUAGCUCAGGCUCACGUGGUGUGGUCUGAUGUUCCCUGAACGUCAGGACAUAAAUACAGCCCUUUUGUCCAUUUAUCCUUCAGCCCUUAUUCAAAAGAUGAGUCUAUUGCUCUGCCUUCCUUUUAUACUUUUAAGCUUUUGUGAAAUGGAUGCUGCCUUCUUCUCCCUGUUUUCGUGCCUGUUUGAAGCUGCUAGUCCCUCUACUCUAGAACGACCUUUCAGAGCCUGGUUCAGACCUCUUUUAAGUGGUGUGUUUAGUACCAGCAUUUCGUCUGUAGCUUUUAUACGUGAUUGUGCUCAUUCUGUUUUCAAUCUGAUGGAUUAAUGAACUUGUUUAUAAUGUGGUAUUUUCUAUUAAAUCUGAUAUUUUCAAAUAAAAUGUGUCAUUUGUGGACUUCUAUCCCCAAAGGACGGAAAACGUUGCCUGGGCUGAUGGUGAUAGAUUUUGGAAAUAGCUGGUGAGCAAAGCUUCACACUCAUACCUCACAGCAGCUCUGUAGGAAUGUCACAGUCAUAGCGACUAUCUUUUGAUCUCAUCUUUAACCACCAAGGUAAAAAAUAAAGCAUUUUAUGAAAAUGAAGCACCUAUGUGAAAAAGUAGGAAAUUGUCAUGUUUGGGCUCUACUUGUGAUCCAAACAAAGAUACAGCUGUAGAUUUGUGACAAGGAGGGAUAUAAAAAAAACUGCUAGGUAUGGAAAAAUAGGUAUGAUCAUUAAGGUUGUGUGUCAACUUGGCUGGGCCAUGAUUCUCAGUGAUUUGGCAGUCACGAUGUAGUUUGGCAGUCGUGUGAUGGUGUGAUCACCUCCAUGAUGGGAUCUGCUAUGAGUAGCCAGUUAGUCGAAAGGGAAUUUGCUUGGGCGUGUGGCCUACAUCAAAUAUAAGUGGACUCUCUGGCAAGGCUGGUGGGCUUUUGCUCAAUCUGGAUCCUGCAUCUGGCUCCUGUUCAUCCGACCUCUGGUUCUUGGGCCUUGAGCUAGGAACAUACCUGUGGUCUUGCCUGCUGAUCUUGAGAUUUCAUCAGUCUUCAUAGCUUGUGAGCAAGAGCCGUGCUGUCUGACCUGCCGAUCUUGGGUGUGCCAGCCCCUGCAGCUGCAUGAAUCAGAACAAGUCUCUAGCCUGACCUACUAAUUUGGGGUGUUCCAGCCUCUACGGCCACAUGAGCCAUUUCCUUGGUAUAAAUCUCUUCAUAUAGAUAUUUAUAUGCUUUGCUGGUUUUGCUUCUUUAGAGAACCCAGCUUAAGAUAUUUAGUACCAUGUGUGAUACCUUUCUAUAGUUUUGUCAGAACGAAAAGUAUAAGGGAGCUGGUCGGUUUAUCCUACUUUCACUAGACAAACUGGUGAAAGCAAGAGAUGAGCUCAGGGCUUCCGAGUCAAAGCUCAAGUGCCACAUAAAUGACCUCAAAGUUUCCACUUGUGCCUUGAAAGAAAACCUUAUCUCUUGUAGUAACACAGCUGAUAUUGCCAAAAACCAAACCCAAAGUCUUGUUGUAAGAGUAGCUGAAUUACAAUGCCAACUCAACUGCCAACCUCAAAAGGUGUCUGAAAUUAAAGUGAGGGCAUUGACUGAGAAGAAAUGGGAUCAUGAAACUUGGAUUGGGGACAUUGGGACAGAUAAUGAGGAAGCUUGGAAAUACUAAGCCCCUGAAUUCUGUUGAAUCAUUUUGCCAAGAGAACCAUCCCUCUUACUUCAUCUGAGGAGAUUACUCCAAAUUUGACCAAGAAACCCUCCCCAGUAAAACAAUUAGUCCCUCUACCCCCAUAUGAUGAGAUUAACCCAGCUGUGUCUAGAGAGCUUUUGUCUGAGUCAUUGCCUGGGGCAUUGCCUGAGGCAGAUGAUUUACAAGACAAAGCUGAAAGUUCUCAAAACACUUCCUCGCUUCUAGACCUAUAACUAGACUUAAGCCCCAAAAGGUAAAGUACGAAGUGUGAAUCAGGAGGAGUUAUGCUACACUCCAAAAGAACUGCUUGACUUUCCUAAUAUGUACAAACAGAAGCCUGGGAGCUUUGUGUGGAAAUGGCUAUUAAGGGUGUGGGAUAAUGGUGCAAGGAACGUAAAGAUGGAUCAGUCUGAGUUUAUUCAUAUGGGCCCACUAAGCACAGAUUCUUCAUCCAAUAUUUCAGCUCGAGAAGUUAGGAAAGGAUCUAAUGGUUUAUUUGGUUGAUUUGCUGAAGCAUGGAUUAUGAGGUGGCCUACACUAAAUCAAGUAGAAGUACCAGACCUGCCUUGGUAUACUGUAGAAGAAGAUAUCCAAAGGCUUAGGGAAAUAGGCAUGUUAGAGUGGAUUUAUUAGGUUAGACCCACAGACCUACACAUGGAGUGCUCAGAGGACACACCUUUUACCAAAACCGUGAGAAAUUUGUGAAAGGAGCUCCAGCAUCCUUGAAAACUGCCGUGAUGGCUAUUUUAUGUAAGAUUUAACAGGGGGACUGCCCUGAUGCAAGAUACCUAACUACAACGGGGCUAAUUGGAACCCAUGGUAGUAGGGGCCAAGUGGCAGCAUUCAAUCUGCAAAGACAAGGUGGAUGUAGUUACCAGAAGGGACAGCGGAGUCAAAGCAGUAAUCAGAAUAGUCUGACUCGUAUAGACUUAAGACACUGACUACUUAGUCAUGGUGUCUCUAGGAGUGAAAUGGGUAAGGAAAUCUACUAAAUAUUUACUUGAUCUAUAUAAGCAGAUGAAUUCUAGGUCAAGUGAACAGCAGUCUAACUCCAAUCAGCAGAAUAGUCACAGCCUCUCAAACUCACCCAGACUUGAGUGAGUUUAAAGACCCACAACCCCUUGAAUGAAGGGGUGGCAGAGUCCCCUUGAGGAAGGACUCCAAUACACUGCCAAAAACUUACACUGUUAAUCUUUCUCCCAACCUUCUCCAAAGGUAUCUAGAGCCUUGUACUGUUCUCUGGGGAAAAGGAAAUAAUCAGACUUAGGGGAUUACUGGAUACUGGCUCUGAACUGGCACUAAUUCCAAGAGACCCAAAACAUUACUGCACCCACUAGUCAGAGUUGUGGCAUAUGGAAGUCAGGUUAUUAUUGGAGUCUUAGCUCAUGUCUGUAUCACAGUAGGUCCAAUGGGUCCCAGAAUCCAUACUGUAGGGAUUUUCCCAGUUCAGGAAUGCAUAAUUGGAAUAGAUAUACUCAGCAAUGACAGAACCACCACACUGAAUCCCUGACAAAUGGAGUAAGGGCUAUUAUGGUAGGGGAAGCCAUUAGAACUGCCCCUACCUGGGAAAAUAGUAAAUCAAAAGCAAUAUUGCAUUCCUGGAGGGAUUGCAGAGAUUAUUGCUACCAUCAAGGACUUGAAGGAUGCAGGGGUGGUAAUUCCGGCCACAUUCCCAUUCAACUCACCUGUUUGGCCUGUGCAAAAAACAGAUGGAUCUUGAAGAAUGAUAGUGGAUUAUUGAAAACUUAAUCAAGUGGCAACUCCUAUUGCAUCUGCUGUUGCAGAUGUGUGUGGUUUCAUUGCUUCAACAAAUUAAUACAUCUCCUGGAACCUGGUAUGCAGCUAUUGAUUUGGCUAAUGCCUUUUUCUCCAUAUGUGUUUUGAAGGACCACCAGAAGCAGUUAGCCUUCAGCUGGCAAUACCAGCAAUACACCUCAGUUGCCUACCUCAGGGCUACAUCAGGUCUCCAGCCCUAUGUCAUAAUUUAGUUCUCAGGGACCUUGAUUGCCUUCCACAAGACAUCACACUGGGUCCAUUACAUUGAUGACAUUAUGCUGAUUGGACCUAGUAAGGAAGGCAAUGACUCUGGACUUAUUGAUAAAACAUUUGCAUGCUAGAGAGUGGGAUAUUAAUUUCACAAAAAUUCAGGUGCCUUACACCUCAGUGAAAUUUCUAGGGGUCCAGUGGUGUGGGGCAUGUUGAGAUAGUCCUUCUAAAGUAAAGGAUAAGUUAUUGCAUCUGGCCCCUCCCACAACUAAAUGUAAUACACAAUGCCUAGUGGGUCUCUUUGGAUUUUAGAGGCAACAUAUUCCUCAUUUGGGUGUGCUACUCCAGCCUAUUUAUCAAGUGACCCAAAAGCUGCUAGUUUUGAGUGGGGCCCAGAACAAGAGAAGGCUCUGCAACAGGUUCAGGCUGCUGUGCACGCCACUCUGCGACUUGGUCCAUAUGAUCCAGCUUAUCCAACAGUGUUUUAAGUGUCCGUGGCAGAAAGAAAUGCUGUUGGGAGCCUUUGGCAGGACCCUACUGGUGAAUCACAGAGCAGAUCCUUAGGAUUUUGGAGCAAAGCACUGCCAUCCUCUGCAGGUAACUACUCUCCUUUUGAGAAACAGCUUUUGGCUUGUUACUGGGCCUUAGUAGAGACCGAACACUUAACCAUGGGCCACCAAGUCACCGUGCAACCUGAGCUGCCCAUCAUGAAUUGGGUGUUGUCUGACCCACAGAGUCAUAAAGUUGGACGUGCACAGCAGCACUCCAUCAUUAAAUGCAAGUGAUAUAUAUGAGAUUGGGUCCAAGCAGGACCUGGAGGCACAAGUAAGUUGCAUGAGGAAGUGGCCCAAAUUCCGGUUGUCUCCAUGCCUGUCACGUUACCUUCCAUCUCCCAGUCUGUACCUAUGGCCUUAUGGAGAGUUCCAUAUGAUCAGUUGACUGAAGAAGAGAAAACUCGUGCCUGGUUUACAGAUGGUUCUGUGCAAUAUGCAGGCACCACUCGAAAGUGGAUAGCUGCACCACUACAACCCCUUUCUGGGACCUCCCUUAAGGACUGUGGUGAAGGGAAGCCCUCUCAAUGGGCAGAACUUUGAGCAGUGCACCUGGUUAUUCACUUUGCUUGGAAGGAGAAAUGGCCAGAUGUGGGAUUAUAUACUGAUUGGUGGUGGCCAAUGUUUUGGCUGGAUGAUCAGGGACUUAGGGGGGACAUGACUGGAAAAUUGGAGGCAUGGGGAAGAGGCAUGUGGAUGGGCCAGAAAGUAAAGAUAUUCGUGUCUCAUGUGAGUGCUCACCAAAGGGUGACCUCAGCAGAGGAGGAUUUUAACAAGUGGAUAGAAUGACAUGUUCUGUGGAAACCAGUCAUCAUCUUUCCCUAGCCACUCCCGUCAUCGUUCAAUGGGCUCAUGAACAAAGUGACCAUGGUGGCAAGGACGGAGGUUAUACGUGAGCUCAGCAACAUGGACUUCCCCUCACCAAGGCCGACUUCUCUACAGCCACUGCUGAGUGCCCAAUCUGCCAGCAGCAGAGACCAACACUGAGUCCCCGAUAUGGCACCAUUCCUCAAGGUGAUCAGUAGCAAGUUGAUUACAUUGGACCACUUCCAUCACGGAAAGGGCAGCGGUUCUUACUGGAACAGAAACUUCCUGUGAAUAUGGAUUUGCCUUCCCUGCAUGCAAUCCUUUGCCAAAACCACCAUCCUUGGACUUACAGAAUGCCCUAUCCACCAUCGUGGUAUCCCACACAGCAUUGCCUCAGAUUAAGGGACUCACUUCACAGCAAAUGAAGUGCAGCAAUGGGCACGUACUCAUGAAAUUCACUGGUCUUACCAUGUUCCCCAUCAUCCUAAAGCAGCUGGCUUAACAGAAUGGUGGAAUGGCCCUCUAAUGACACAAUUAUAGCACCAGUUAGGUGGCAGUACCUUGUAGGGUUAGGGCAAUGUUCUUCAGGAGGCUCUAUAUGAUCUAAACCAGUGUCCAAUAUACGGUGCUGUUUCUCCCAUAGCCAGGAUUCAUGAGUCCAGGAACCAAGGGGUGGAAAUGGGAGUGGCACCACUCACUAUUACCCCUAGUGACCCACUCACAUGAUUUUUUGCUUCCUGUCCCUGCGACCCUAUGCUCUGUGGGUCUAGAGGGCUUAGUUCCAAAGGGAGGAAUGCUCCCACCUGGAGACACAUCACUGAUUCCAUUGAACUGGAAGUUAAGAAUGCCACCUGGCCACUUUGGGCUCCUUUUGCCUCCGGAUCAACAGGCAAAGAAGGGAGUUACUGUAUUGACUGGGGUGUGAUUGAUCCUGACUACCAAGAGGACAUCAGACUGAUAUUGCAUAAUGGAGGUAAAGAAGAGUAUGUCUGGAAUGCAGGAGAUCCCUUAGGGUGUCUAUUAGUACACCAUGCCCUAUGAUUAAAGUCAAUGGAAAACUACAGCAGCCCAAUUCUUACAUGACUACUUAAUGGCCCAGACUCUUUAGGAAUGAAGGUUUGGGUCACCCCACCAAACAAAGAACCACAACCAGCUGAGGUGCUUGUUGAGGUCAAAGGGAAUACAGAAUGGGUGGUAGAAGAAGGUAGUUUUAAAUACCAGUUAUGACCACAAUGACCAGUUUCAGAAAUGAGGACUGUAAUUGCUAUGAGUAUUUCUGCCUUAUAUGUGCACAUCAAAUAUUUUGUUUUCUUCACUUAUAAAAUAUGUCAUGGAUUGAAUUAAGUCCCCCCAAAAAUGUCUGUAUCAAUUUAGCUGAGCCAUGAUUCCCAGUAUUAUGUGAUUUUCCUAUAUGUUGUAAAUCCUGCCUCUAUGAUGUUAAUGAUGGAGGAAUGGCCGGCAGUUGUGUUAGUGAGGCAGGACUCAAUCUACAAGAUUGGAUUGUGUCUUGAGGCAAUCUCUUGAGAUAUAAAAGAAAGAAGUGAGCAAAGGGAAAGGGGCACCUCAGACCACCAAGAAAGCAGUGCUGGGAGCAGAGCAUGUCCUUUGGACCUGGGGUCUCUGUGCAGAGAGGCUCCUGGUCUGGGGGAAGAUUGAUGAGGAAGCUGACAGAGAAAGCCUUCCCCUGGAGCUGACACCCUGAAUUUGAACUUUUAGCCUACUUUACUGUGAAGAAAUAAAUUUCUCUUUGUUAAAGCCAUCCACUUGUGGUAUUUCUGUUAUGGCAGCACUAGACGACUGUCUCAAAUUCAGGGCAUCAGCUCCAGGGGAAGGCUUUCACUCUCUGUCGGCUCUGGAGGAAUCAGUCUUCCCUUGGUCUGGUUGCAUCUCAGUGCAGGAACCUCAGGUCCAAAGGACGUGCUCUGCUCCUGGCACUGCUUUCUUGGUGGUAUGGGGCUCCCAUGUCUCUCUGCUCACUUCUCUCUUUUAUAUCUCAAAAAAAGGAUGGCUUAAGACACUCCCUGAUCUUGUAGAUCUCAUCAGUAUAACUGCCACUAAUCCAUCUGAUUACAUUGUAGUGAUAGGAUUUACAACACAUAGGGAAAUCAUAUCAGAAGAUAAAAUGGGAGACAAUCAUACAAGGAAAUCAUGACGUAGGCAAGCUGACAGAUAUUUUUGGGACACAAUUCAAUCCAUGACAAUGACUAAGAUGGAUGUUAACAGGGCUAGUGCUUUUUUGGUGGUAUGUGUGUCGUAUCAUGUUAGGCACAAGCAUGACUUUAUAAUUGUCUUUAUUCAGAGAUUAUGGUUUAAGGAGAUGUGUACAGCUGUCAAGUUGUCAGGGGUGAAGUGUGAUUGUUAAGAUUGUAUGUCAACUUGGCUGGGCCAUGAUUCUCAGUGGUUUGGCAGUUAUGAUGUAGUUAGGCAGUCAUAUGAUGAUGUGACCACCUCCAUGACGGGAUCUGCUGUGAGUAGCCAAUUAGUUGAAAGGGAGUUUCCUUGGACGUGUGGCCUGCAUGAAAUGUAAGUGGAGUCUCUGGCAAGGCUGGUGGGCUUUUGCUCACUUUGGAUCCUGUAGCUGGGUCCUGUUCUUCUGACCUCUGGUUCUUGGGACUUGAGCUAGCAGCUUACCUACUGUCUGACCUGCUGAUCUUGGGUUCGGCAGCCCCUGCAGCUAUGUGAAUCAGGAGAGGCCUCCAGCCUAACCUAUGAAUUCAGGACAUUCCAACCUCAACUGUGUGAGCCAUUUCCUUGAUAUAAAUCUUUUUAUAUAGAUACUUAUAUGCUUUAAUGGUUUUGUUUCUCUUGAGAACCCUGCCUAAGACAAUAGGUAAUAUAUCCCAUUUUAGUUUAAAAAACUGUCAAUACAAUAGAACAUCUUGAGUUAAUUUAAUAUAACCUAUUAAGGAGGUGGAAACUCUGGUGGCGUAGUGGUUAAGUGCUAUGGCUGCUAACCAAAGGGUCGGCAGUUUGACUCUGCCAGGUGCUCCUUGGAAACUCUAAGGGGGGCAGUUCUACUCUGUUCUGUAGGGUCGCUAUGAGUCAGAACUGGGUAUUAAGGAGGUACAAGUAGAAGUUGAAAGAAAGGUUUAAUUUUUUUAACAGAUUGAGAUAGGAUUAACAUACCCAUAAAAUUUACCCACACUAAAUACGUUUAUAGAGUUUUUAUUAAGUUUAUAAAAAAAAAAAAAGAGUUGGGCAAUUUAUCACUACAGUCCAUCUCUAUCAUCCCCAAAAAGCACCCUACUACACCCUGCUUUAUGUCUACACAUUUACCUUUUCUGGAUGUUUCAUACAAAUGGAAUCAUACAACAUAAAAUCUCCUAUGUCUGGCUUCUUUCACUAAGCAUAAUGUUUUUGAGGUUCAUCCGUACCCAUGUAGCAGUAGUCUGUUUUUCUUGCUUCAUUGUAUGGAUAUACCCCAUUUUGUUUAUACAGUUAGGAAAGGCUUAAAUUUUGAAUAGGUAUGUUACAGAAAAAAAUAUUAGAAUGAAAUGAAAAAGGACCUAGGGAUGACAGCUAAACUGGAAAUGUCUACAUGGACUCAAGACCCUAAAAAGGUGUUUUUCCCAAGCUGGGCUGUGUCCCAGGGGCCAUCUUGCUACAGCCAGUGCUUGUGCAGAUUGAGAGGGACAGAUUUGCACUUCUAAUACUACUUCUCAGGGCUCCAUCCAAAACCAAAACCACACCCAGUGCCGUCAAGUCGAUUCCGACUCAUAGCAACCCUAUAGGACAGAGUAGAACUGCCCCAUAGAGUUUCCAAGGAGCACCUGGUGGAUUCGAACUGCUGGCCCUUUGGUUACCAGCCAUAGCACUUAACCACUAUGCCACCAGGGUUUCCCAGGGCUCCAUAGACAGGAGUUAAUUCUAUGUUUGGGGGCAGGACUCAUAAUGUGUUUGGAACCUUGCCACCAGAAAGCAAUUGAGCUUUCAAAAAUGUCUAAGGCAGUGCUGAGAGAAGAAAGCCAGUUUAAUGGGGGUCCCACUGGCCAGGUUGUGACAAUUUGAUUAAAAAAAAAAUUAUAGCUAAUUGGAACAAGUUGAAUCUGUAAAACACCAAGUCUGAUAAUCAAAAAGGGAAAAAGUAGUAUUACGUGUACAUAGAGUUGUAUUAUAGGAGGAGUAGAUACCAAAAAAACCAAACCAAAUCCAAUGCCGUCGAGUCGAUUCCAACUCAUAGUGACCCUAUAGGAAUAUGUUUAAAGUUUUAUUUCAAUUAGUAGUGGCAGAAUGUUGAUGUCAACCUGAGUGUCACAUUUCUCCUAUUAAGCAUGUCUGUUUACUUUUCUCUUUUACUCAACGCUCAUGAAAGCGUAGGAGAUCCACGGGGCAACCGUAUACAGCAAGAGCCUGGCCCACUCUUCCCCCUAGACAGAGCCAUGGCUUACUCCCAUUCUUCAGGUCUCUGCUCAGAUGUCAUUUUUCAGAGACAUCUCCCCCAACCCUCCAGUGUAAAGUAGCAGUUCGCAAUUCAUUAUCCCCCUUACUCUGCUCUAUUUUCUUAGAACCAUUUAUCACCUCACGUGUAUUGCUUCUCACUACGUGGCAACUCAAUGAGGGUAAACCUUUUAAAUACUGCUAUAUCCCUGUAACAGUGACUUGAUAUCUAGAAGCACCCAUUAUUCGUUGAACUAUAAGCCUGACAGUAAUCCUACGCAAUAACCUGGUAAAAAUAAUAGCAUGUUAUGUGAUAACGGGUUAACCAACCGGCCUACUGAGGAGAUCUAACUUUGUAAAUUUGGUUCCUAGGAACCAAAAUCUUUAGUGACUGUGAUGAGAUGCUGGUCAAGCAUGCCUAAGUUUUUAAUAGGAGAUACUGGGACAGCAUGCUGAGUUAUGUAAUGAUGGGCAAGUAAAACAGAACAUAUUAAUUUGGACUUCAAGGGAGCCCUUAACAUUAGCUGGCAACCAUACUAUUCCCCUAGUUAAGUCAGUCUCCUAGAAGAUGAAUUCAUAGUUUCAAACCUCUUAACCCCUCCCUCUCCCUCUAGCUUUUCUCUCAGCCAGCGCUCUAGAAAAUAGCAACAGUCAGAAAAGAACUUCCACAAGUUCCCACUAUCAUGUAUGCCGCACCUGCCAGCCCUGCUGUCAUAUUCUGCCUUCUUCCUGUUACUUGCUCCUUGCUCUGUUCCUCCUGCACUUGCUCCUGCACUCUCUGGCCUACUUAAGCACGUUGCUUCAACAAGACUCCUCUCUCACCCGCAGAAUCAAAUUGUCCUUCUCUUUUGCAUCACCUCCAUCAGCAUAGAAAACAAGCUUUUAAAAAAACUUUAACAAAACCCAUUUCGCCCCUUCAGCCACAGCCUCUUUUCUCUGGUCCAUUUUGGAGCAAAAUUUGAGUUACCUAUACUAUUCUCUUCCCAUUCUCUCUCAAACACUCCCUACAGGCUUUCACUCCCCUCCACUGCAACAACACUUGUGAAGUUAUUGGUGACCUCAGCAUUGAUUGCUAAAUCCUAUGGUCAAUUCCUAGUCCUCAUACCACCUGGCCUAUCUACAGCACAUGACAGUUGAUCACUCCUUCCUUCGAACUUGGCUUCUAGCACUUCACACACUGCUUGUUUUCCUACCUUACUGGCCACUCACUGUCUGCCUUGCUAAUUCCUCUCCAUCUCCCUGACCUCUUAGAUUUUGCAGUGCCCAAGACUCAGUCCUUGAACGUCUUCUCUAUACACAACUCCCACCCUUGAUGACCUCAACCAGUCUCAUGGCGUUAAAUAUCACCUAUCCAUUAACUGGGAGCCCUGGUGGCAUGGUGGUUAACAGCUCAGCUGCAAACCAAAAGAAAAAGAAAUAGUAAGUACAUUAAAGAAUUUCAAAUAUAAACUAGAAUCCUCUACAAUUGAAAAACGGCCUUACUGACAAUGCAACAGUUCUGGAAGUGUGGUUGCUGAGUCUUCUCCCGAGAACCCACAUUUCCUUCAUCUCCUUGAAAGGAAAGGUACGUCCACUAGAUGCUUGCUUGCUCACUCACUUGCCUGAGUCCAUAUUUAGCUGAGAUGGAAGGCUAGUCCUGUCAUGCUAUGUGGAGCUUCAUGGGUCCAGCUGACCCACAGAAUGUUCUGAUCAACUUAUUCAAUGUUUAAUGAUUUCCUCAUGAAGCUGAGCAGGGAAAUGAUCACAGCAGGUACACUGCCUAAGACUGCACACAUACAGCCAGUGAAGUGUCCUGAAAAAUAACUAACUUGAAGUUACAAAAAGACCUCAAUUGAAACAAAUUUCAUUGAUUUGUUGAGCCUGCUAAAAUUAAGUAAUCAGUCUUCAAGAAAAAAUUUCUAGCUCCUGACCAAUCCAGGUGCAUACAGAUAUAAUGGAUGUUUACAUAACACUAAUAAUAGUUAAUAAUCAAUAGCUAAUUGCCUCAUAUGGGUCUGAAAGCUGGACAAUGAAUAAGGAAGACCAAAGAAGAAGUAAUGCCUCUGAAUUACGGUGUUGGUGAAAAUAUUGAAUAUACCAUGGACUGCCAGAAGAAUGAAAAAAUCCAUCUUGGAAGAAGUAUAGCCGAAAUGCUCCUCAGAAGGGAGAAGGGCAAGACUUCGUCUCACAUACUUUGGACAUGUUAUCAGGAGGGACCAGGUCUGGAGAAAGACAUCAUGCUUGGUAAACUAGAGGAUCAGUGAAAAAGAGGAAGACCCUCAACGAGAUGGACUGACACUUAGGGUAGUAGUUUCAGGGGUUCAUCCAACCUCCAUAACACAGUAGCUACAAUAAAAGACUCAAACAUAGCAGUAAUUGUGAGGAUGGUGCAAGACCAGGCAGUGUUUUGUUCUGCUGUAUAUAGGGUCACUGUGAGUCAGAACCAAGUUGACGGUACCUAACAACAACAAAAAUGGAUAAGACAACUGUCACAGCCAAGAGGAGCCUAGCGAGACAUUACAACUGAAUGUAAUGUAGUAGCCUGGAUGGGAUCCUGGAACAGAAAAGUUUUUCAGCUCUAGUUAAUGGACUCUAAUUAAUAAUAAUGUUAUCUAUUAUUAAUUGUGACAAAUAUACCAUACUAAUGUGAAAUGUUAAUAACAGGGCAAACAGUGUGCGGUAUAAGGGAGCUCUCUGUACUAUCUUCAAAUUUUUCCAUAAAUCUAAAACUAGUCUAAAAUAGUUUAUUUUGAAAGAUGGAUGGGACAAGAUGCAUCUCAACUGACAAAGGCAGGUCCUGAAAAGUUAGUUCAAUCACGAGCUUAAAAAGUUAUUUAGUAGAUCAUUUUCAUUUAUUAGCUCUAGACACAAAACUUUAUAUAAAAACCAAGAGGUACACACACCCUUUUCAAACUACUGUUUUGGGCAGAAUGAAUUAUCCAUCUGCAAAGGGCCCCUCACUCUCAGCAAAAGGACCCAUGAGGUUCAUGUCAAUGUAUGGCAAAUCUCAAUCCACUCAUAAAAAUCACCUCCAUGAAACUAAUCUAGGAACAAAACUCUUUAUCUUAUACUUUCUUGACAUAGCAGUCUUGCACAGACCAUUCAUUUCUAGGGCAUUCGGAAGGUUACCCCAACCUUUCAUUUAUUCAGAGACAGAAGUACUCUACCAAAACAGAAGUCAUCUUCAAAUUAACUCAUAACUCAUGCUACAAAAAUAAGACUUAAAAGUCAUACUUUGUUAAAAAUGAGCAGUGAAGAUUUUGUACCUAAGGAAGAAAGGAAGAAACACUCAGGUGAACAAACAAGUCUUUGAGACUAACCACAUUUGUUGAUUUUUUUAAUCAUAAAUGGGCAAAAAAAAAAAAAAAAGCCCAUUUCUU